GGACAACAUGAAGACUCUCAAAAAGUCAAAAUGUCUGACUUCCUACUUCUCCUUGACCACAUUCAAGAUUCAACCCAAUCAAACCGCGUCUAAUUUCUUCGAAGAUUCCAUUCUUUUAAAUCUCAAGUAUUCCGAAUGAGCUCACCACGUUCCUUCCUUCAACCUCUUCUGUACCUUAAACUAUUCCUCCAUGAAUUAUUAUUCAAUCUUAGCGGUUUGACUAUUCUCUUUGACCAUCUUCAUCGACACCCCUUUUGAUCUUCGAUUUCGAGCCAACAACCAAGUAACAACAAUCAAUCCCCAUCUGGGUAUUCGUUUCUUGAUCAAUUUCCACAAUUCCAUUCAAAAUAUCAAGAAAUGGGGUUGUGUAGUAGCAAAAGCAAGAGUGGAGGGACAUACCCUGAUGCUCAUAGAACAAGAUCCGUUGAACCCAAUGCGGUUUACACCAAAACCCCUGCUCCGGCAGCUCAAACUCCGCAGAGAAAGCAGCCGCCACCGCCCAGCCCCAAGAGGGUGUUCACAGCUGACUCGAUUCUCGGAAAACCAUUUGAAGACGUUAAACAACACUACACCAUGGGGAGAGAAUUGGGUAGAGGUCAAUUUGGUGUUACAUAUCUUUGUAUACAGAAAUCAACUGGUCAAAAGUAUGCUUGUAAGUCGAUAUCAAAGAAGAAACUUGUAACCAAAAGUGAUAAGGAUGAUAUGAGGAAAGAAAUUCAGAUUAUGCAGCAUCUAAGUGGACAGGCUAAUAUUGUUGAGUUUAAAGGUGCUUAUGAAGAUAAGCAAUCUGUGCAUUUGGUUAUGGAGGUUUGUGAAGGAGGUGAGCUUUUUGAUAGGAUCAUUGCAAAAGGUCAUUAUAGUGAAAGAGCUGCAGCCUCGAUUUGCAGGUCGAUUGUGAAUGUGGUUCAUGUUUGUCACUUUAUGGGAGUGAUGCAUCGUGAUUUAAAGCCUGAAAAUUUCUUGCUUUCGGAUAAGAGUGAGAACGCACUUCUUAAAGCUACAGAUUUCGGUUUAUCGGUCUUCAUUCAAGAAGGAAAAGCAUAUCGACAAGUUGUUGGAAGUGCGUAUUAUGUUGCACCAGAGGUAUUGACACGUAAAUACGGGAAGGAAAUAGACAUAUGGAGUGCAGGGGUGAUACUGUAUAUCCUGCUAAGUGGUGUGCCUCCCUUUUGGGCAGAGACAGAGAAGGGAAUAUUUGAUGCUGUACUUGAAGGUUAUAUUGAUUUUGAAAGUGAUCCAUGGCCAUCUAUCUCUACAAGUGCUAAGGAUCUUGUUCGAAGGAUGCUCACACAAGACCCCAGGAAGAGAAUAACUUCUGCUCAAGUUCUUGAGCAUCCAUGGAUAAGAGAAGAUGGUGAAGCAUCUGACAAGCCAAUCGACAGUGCAGUCCUUUCUAGGAUGAAGCAAUUCCGAGCUAUGAAUAAGCUCAAGAAGCUCGCUCUCAAGGUCAUUGCGGAAAAUCUGUCAGCAGAAGAGAUUCAAGGGUUGAAAUCAAUGUUUACAAACAUAGACACUGAUAACAGUGGAACUAUUACUUAUGAAGAACUUAAAACUGGAUUGGCUCGAUUAGGGUCAAAGCUCUCGGAGGCUGAAGUGAAGCAACUCAUGGAAGCAGCUGAUGUUGAUGGAAAUGGGUCGAUUGAUUACAUUGAGUUCAUCACAGCAACAAUGCAUCGACACAAAUUAGAAAGGGAAGAACAUUUGUACAAAGCCUUUCAGCAUUUUGAUACUGAUAAUAGUGGGUUUAUUACAAGAGAUGAAUUAGAAACAGCAAUGAGGAAAUAUGGAAUGGGAGAUGAAGCCACCAUUAAAGACAUAAUAGCAGAAGUUGAUACCGAUAAUGAUGGGAAGAUAAACUAUGAAGAAUUCUGCACGAUGAUGAGAAGUGGGACCCAACCAGGAAAGCUAUUCUAAAUAAUGCAAUCUGUUUCUUCAAACAAAACAGAAAAAAAAAAAAAUUGGAAAAAAGCUUUAAGAAACUCCAAUGUCUACUAGAUAGCAACGAAUUUAGGAGCAUAGAUAAUAAUCCAAAAGAGCUGAGUCUGAGUUUGAUCCAUCAAAGUUUUACUAUUUUCAUCAUUUUCCCAAUAACCUACUCGUAAUCUGUAUAAUAGUUCUUUAAUCGCUCUUUUGUUUAUGAAACAUUUGUGUGGUUUAUUCCCAUAUUUUCGAUAAUGGUGUAAAGUUGUAUC